AUGACUGCUGCGCGUAAAGCUAUCAGCGAUUAUCGGAUGUUAAAAGCUAUGAAUCUUCAAAACAUUAAUGCUAGACCUAAUGAAAAUGACGUUUUACAUUGGUAUGCGUUAUUUUAUGGUUUCGAAAGUACUCCUUGGGAAGAUGGAGUUUUUUCAGUUGAUAUACAACUUCCACAAGACUAUCCUAAUUCACAUCCUGUAUCAAUUCGAUUUACAACGCCAAUUAUUCAUCCAAAUGUAGACGCAAAUGGAAAUGUUUGUCAUAAUAUUCUUUUUAAUGAAUGGGAUCCUUCAUACAAUAUAUAUACGAUACUAAUAUCAAUUUAUUUACUAAUUAUAGAACCAAAUACAAAUGAACCUGCAAAUCCUGAAAUAGCUCAAUUGUAUACUAAUAACAAUGCAGAAUAUAAUAGAAUGGUCCAUGAAUGCGUCGAAAAUUCAUGGCUAACAACAAAACAGCCUGAUGCUGAGUAG